UUUCUCAUAAGGAAUUAAUGCAUUACGCAGAACAUAAGCUAGAGGGAUAUAAUAUCUGAAAUCGAUAUCACUGUGGAUGCCAUUGCCUGUAAAUGCGGAUUGUUUACAGCAGCCUUCGCAUCCUUUCCUCCCUCCCCUUUUCCUCUUUCCCGGAGCGCCGGAGCGCUGGUGGUGAGGCAGCGGCUAAAGCUGCUCCUGCUGACCGAAGAUAGCGCCUGCAGAGCUGGCCACGGCCGUUACAUCACCCCGGGCCCCUGGAGGGUGCGAUCCACAGCAAAGCAGGAAGCAAGCUUUUGAUGCCACAUCGUUGUGAAGCAUCACCCUUCCGUGAAAAAAGCGCACAGCCACUUCUGGAUUUUAUGAAUCUUCACCUCCAGGUUUUUUCAGGAGUUUGGAUGUGCAGUUUCACAUGAUAUGGCUGUUAUUAAACUAGUCGACCAGCCACCCCUUGUCCAAGCCAUCUUUAAUGGAGACCCCGAUGAGAUUCGUGUCCUCAUAUGUAAAUCAGAAGAUGUCAAUGCACUGGACGCUGAGAAGCGAGCUCCCCUUCAUGCAGCAGCCUUCCUCGGAGAUGCUGAGAUCAUAGAGCUCCUCAUUGUGUCAGGGGCACGGGUCAAUGCCAAAGACAGCAUGUGGUUGACUCCACUCCACAGGGCAGUGGCAUCACGUAGCGAGGAGGCGGUUCGUGUAUUGAUCCGGCAUUCUGCUGAUGUUAAUGCACGGGAUAAGAACUGGCAGACUCCGCUGCAUGUUGCUGCCGCCAACAAGGCCCUGCGCUGUGCUGAGGUGAUCAUCCCGCUCCUGAGCAGCGUCAACGUUUCAGAUCGCGGGGGACGCACCGCCCUGCAUCACGCCGCCCUUAAUGGGCACACGGAGAUGGUUAGCCUUCUCCUGGCCAAGGGUGCCAACAUCAAUGCCUUUGACAAGAAAGACUGCCGUGCUCUGCACUGGGCAGCAUAUAUGGGUCACUUAGAUGUAGUGUGUUUACUAGUGAGUCAAGGGGCCGAGAUCAGCUGCAAGGACAAGAGGGGAUACAUGCCUCUACACGCAGCUGCUUCCAGCGGUCAGAUCGCUGUGGUGAAACACCUGCUCAGCCUGGCCGUGGAGAUAGAUGAAGCCAAUGCCUUUGGGAACACAGCGCUGCAUGUGGCCUGUUUUAAUGGACAAGAUGCAGUGGUCAGUGAGCUGAUCGACUACGGUGCUAAUGUCAGUCAGCCGAAUAACAAGGGCUUCACACCACUCCACUUUGCUGCUGCGUCCACUCAUGGUGCCCUGUGUCUGGAAUUCCUGGUCAACAGCGGAGCUGAUGUCAACGUCCAGAGUCGUGAUGGGAAAAGCCCUCUUCAUCUGACAGCAGUUCAUGGACGAUUCACACGCUCUCAGACACUCAUCCAAAACGGUGGAGAGAUUGACUGUGUCGAUAAGGAUGGAAACACUCCACUGCAUGUUGCUGCUCGAUACGGCCAUGAACUUUUAAUAAACACUCUAAUCACGAGUGGAGCUGACUGCACCAGAAGAGGGGUACAUGGCAUGUUUCCUUUGCAUCUGGCCGCUCUGAAUGCUCAUGCUGACUGCUGCCGGAAGCUUCUCUCCUCAGGACGGAGGUAUAGCAUAAUGUUCCCUCUCAGUAAUCACUCGGUCCUGUCUGCAGGCUUCCAAAUCGAUACACCAGACAACCUGGGAAGGACAUGUCUGCACGUCGCAGCUGCGGGCGGUAAUGUGGAAUGUGUGAAGCUAUUGCUCAGCAGUGGAGCCGAUCAUAACCGCAGGGACAAACAUGGAAGGACCCCUCUCCACUAUGCGGCAGCUAGUCAACACUUUCAGUGCCUGGAGACUUUGGUGUCCUGCGGAACCUGCAUUAAUGCCACUGACCAGUGGGGGCGCUCUGCUGUGCACUACGCUGCUGCUUCUGACCUGGACAGGAGGCGGCGUGUGGUCCUGGAACCAGAGAGUGACGGAGUUCAAGCUGAGAGGGAGAAGGAGGCAGCUCUGUGUCUCGAGUUCCUGUUGCAGCAUGGUGCCGCCCCAUCACUCAAAGAUAAACAAGGCUACAGUGCCAUUCAUUAUGCUGCAGCGUAUGGCCACAGACACUGUCUGAAACUGCUUUUGGACAGAGAUGAGAACCAACAAGAUGAGAUGGAGAACAGCCAAACCAGAAGCCCAUUGCAUCUGGCCGCAUACCACGGUCAAGCACAGGCUCUAGAGGUGCUCUUGGAGGGUCACUGCGAGGUGGAUCAGGGGGAUGAGGUGGGCCGCACUCCAUUAGCUCUUGCUGCCCUCAGGGGCCACACUGACUGUGCUCUCACACUUCUGAACCAUGGGGCCUCGCCGAGAAGCAAAGAUACUCUCAGAGGACGUACACCUAUCCAUCUUGCAGUAAUGAAUGGUCAUACAUCAUGUGUGCGCCUCCUGCUGGAAGACUCUGAUAAUGCAGAUCUGGUAGAUACAGCGGACUCUCAGGGACAGACCCCUCUAAUGCUGGCAGUAAUGGGGGGUCAUGUGGAUGCUGUGUCUCUUCUAUUGGAACGUGAAGCCAGUGUGGACUUAGCUGAUCAUCAAGGUCUGACUGCUCUGCACCUGGGGCUCUUGUGUGGACAGGAGGAAUGUGUUCAGUCCCUGUUGGAGCUGGAGGCAUCCGUGCUGCUGGGGGACUCCAAGGGUCGGACAGCUAUCCACCUGGCUGCGGCGAGGGGUCACGCAUCCUGGUUGAGCGAAUUGCUCAAUAUUGUGUGUUCUGAACCCCCGAUACCCCCAUUCCGAGACAACCAGGGAUACACACCCUUACACUGGGCCUGUUACUAUGGUCAUGAGGGUUGUGUGGAGGUCCUACUCGAACAAAGAGAUUUUCGUCACUUUGAUGGGAACCCCUUCACCCCGCUGCACUGUGCUGUGGUCAAUGACCAUGAGACCUGUGCCAACCUUUUAUUAGAAGCCAUGGGAUCAAAGAUUGUAACUUGCAAAGACUCCAAGGGCAGGACACCUCUCCAUGCAGCUGCAUUCGCUGGCCACGUAGACUGUAUUCAGCUGCUCUUGGCCCAUAAUGCAUCUGUGGAUGAGGUUGACCAAUCAGGGCGCAGUGCCCUGAUUAUGGCAGCGGAGAAAGGAAGGGUCGAGGUUGUAGAAGCUUUACUUACUGUUGCCAACGUGAACCUCAAUCUGACUGACCAGAAGGGCAAUACAGCACUCCAUCUAGCCUGCAGUAAUGGAAUGGAGGAAUGCGCAUUGCUCAUUCUCGGAAAACUUCCAGACUCUGCCCUCGUUGCUACCAACGCUGCACUGCAAACACCUCUCCAUUUGGCUGCUCGCAGUGGGAUGAAGCAGACAGUGCAAGAGCUGCUCUCUCGUGGGGCCAGCGUUCAAGUACUCGAUGAGAAUGGUCUCACCCCUGCUCUGGCUUGUGCUCCCAGCAGGGAAGUGGCUGACUGCCUGGCUCUCAUUCUGGCUACCAUGAUGCCUUUCUGCUCCCCUUGCAGCUCUGGAGCUCCUUCGCCAGGUGCCCUGCUGAAAUCUCUGCCCCGCCAGGCCAAGAGCCCCCAAGGCCCCCGCAGUCCAAGGGACCCCUCCCGCGAGGGCACGACCACUGAAAACGACUCGGACUCAGAGACAUUUUGACCCCGGCUCCUUCUAGAGCAGGGGUGCCCAAACUCGGUCCUGGAGGGCCGGUGUCCUGCAGAGUUUA